CCUGACUGAAGUAGUCCAAUUUCCGCCCCACAGCCGUCCGCAACAUCUACCAAAGGACGCAUUUAAUGGGACUCAAAUCUUCAUUUUCAACUCUUACGUGACUGUCACGUUCCAGCUGGACUCCGCAAGCCGCCCAUGAUAAUUGUAUUACAUGACUAAGGAUUUUGUACAAACUGCAAGCUAGUGCGCUUGAGUAGUGUCCCACCAAAGAUAACUAACGACAGAAAGAUGGAUGUGCACUUUCCCACUAGUAGUAUCUUGUCCAUUGUCCUUCAAGCGCUCUUGUUGUCGUCUUCAUAUGGUUCGUUGGAGCCCUACGACCUUUUAUACAAUAAUGCCGUCGACGCCUUUUACAGAAGUGACUAUAAAGAUGUAGUGCGAUACAUGGAGGGAGCGCUCAGCAGCUACGCAGAGGUCCGCCAGACUAAAGUCCGAUGUCGACUGAGGUGCCAGGACCAGCACCCGUUUGACUCUGUUUCCAUGGACCUGCAGUUCUUUGACGUGGUUCUCCGAAGAUCAAAUUGUCAAAACGAGUGCAUCGAAGAGAAGGUUGGAACGCAGUCCAUGCACAAAGUCAGCGAGGAUGUCAACCAGGAUUUCCAGAGACGAAUCCCGUACAACUAUCUUCAGUUGGCGUAUCAGAAGCUGAAGCAGUUGGACAAGGCAGCGGCGGCGGCCCACACCUAUUUCCAGGCCAACCCAGAGCAUGUGGAAAUGGAUCAGAACUUAGAGCAGUACAAGGCUCUGGAGGGAUCCGACCAGGACCACUUUGUGGACAGAGAGGCCCGACCUCAUCAGAGGUCCUUCUCAGCCGGGGUGAAGCUGUAUGACAGUGCAGACUACAAGGGGGCCAUCGCCCUGUUCGAGGAGGCCCUCCAGGAGUACUACAGGGCCGACGUGGAGUGUCGGGCCCUCUGCCAGGGGCCCCAGAGGUUCGAGGAGCAGGACCAUGUCCUCUACCACUACAGCCUAUACGAACUGGUCUCAGACCACUUCACCCAGGCGCUGCACUGUGAACACGAGUGUGUGAGAGACCUGUCGACCCGGCCCGGCCGUCUGUCUCCCAUGGAGAACUACCUGCCUCUACACUACGACUACCUGCAGUUUGCCUACUUCCAGAUGAACAUGGUGGAGGAGGCGAUGGAGUGUGCCAAGUCCUACCUGCUGUUCCACGAGGGGGAGGAGUUUAUGACGGAGAACUUGGAGUACUACAGAGAGGCCGUGGGCCACGACGUCAAGCCCCGGGAGAAGGCCGAGUGGUACCUGAGACGCCAUAAGCAGGAGCUGGAGCUACUAGUGAUUGGCAGUGAGAACAUGCAGGUGGAAUUUACAGAGGGGCAUUACUGGACCAGCACAGGUGGAAGAGAGGAUUCGAACAGGAUCCCCUCUGGUACCGAUGGAUGGAUGGAGUAUGUACCCAUCUCAGAGAAGAAGAACUUCACUCUGGCCCCACCACAGGAGCUCAGAGAAGGAGGGCCCUUGGUGUAUGACAGUGUGCAGCUGGUCCAGAACUCAAAGGCCCUGAACGGAACUCAGAGGGUUCUUCUGGAUGAUGUCAUAUCUGUGGACGAGUGUGCCGAGCUCACAAACCUGGCCCAUAAUAUGAGAGCCAGGGGUUCAGUGCUCUCGCUUGGUCUACAGACUGUCACUAUGGCAGGAGACGGAUACCGAGGGAAGAUGUCUCCUCACACGCCCAACGAGAGGUUUGAGGGAGCCACUGUGCUGAAAACACUGCAGUAUGGCUACGAGGGCCGUGUCCCAUUGAGGAGCGCUCGUCUGUUCUAUGAUGCCAGUGAGAGGGCCAGACGCAUCAUCGAGUCCUACUUCCUGCUCAACUCGACGCUCCACUUCUCCUACACACACCUGGUGUGCCGGACCGCAAUCACAGGGCAACAGGACCAUAGAAAUGACCUGAGCCAUCCCAUCCACGCUGACAACUGUCUGUUAGACCCAGAGGCCAACGAGUGCUGGAAAGAACCACCAGCCUACACCUACAGAGACUACAGUGCUCUGCUGUACCUGAAUGGAGACUUUGAGGGAGGAGAGUUCAUCUUCACAGAAAUGGACGCCAAAACAGUCACAGCACAGGUGAAGCCAAAGUGUGGUCGUAUGGUGGGGUUCUCGUCUGGCGGGGAGAACCCCCAUGGAGUGAGGGCCGUCACCAGGGGGCAGAGGUGUGCCGUGGCCCUGUGGUUCACCCUGGACCCCCUCUUCAGAGAACUGGAGCGCCUGCAGGCAGAUGAGGUGAUGCAGGCGUUGGACAACCAGAGCAGCCAAUCACAGUGGGACACAAGCCUCAACAUCAACCCCAAAGACGAGCUGUAGUAGUCCGCUGGCCCCCAGCCCAGCACCCCCCAAAUCUUUAUAUCUAUCUAUUUAUUUAAUGAAGUUUGGAUCAGAACAAUUUUAUUUUUGUACUGUUUGAAGUGCAAAGUUAUAUAGUUGUUUGUGUUGCCGUCGUGGCUUUUAGUCUGUUGUUGUGAUUUUUUUCUCCUUCUGUAGUUUGGGUCUUUGUUUUUCUUUCCAUUGACUCUCUCUCUCUCUCUCUCUUUGUUGGGGUGAAACCCAGUCAUUGUGCCUCACACUUUAUAAGGUCCAGUUGACUUUGUGAUGACUUUAUAAGGUCCAGUUGACUUUGUGAUGACUUCAUAAGGUCCAGUUGACUUUGUGAUGACUUCAUAAGGUCCAGUUGACUUUGUGAUGACUUCAUAAGGUCCAGUUGACUUUGUGAUGACUUUAUAAGGUCCAGUUGACUUUGAUGACUUUAUGAGGUCCAGGUCACUUUGCGACGACUUAAAAUGCUCAGUUCCCUUUGUGAUGACUUUGUGUAGUGUGCGGGUGUGCGCGCGCACAAGGUUGUUACAACACAGACCUGUCAUACGUAUGAACAGUUCUUACUGCACUGUGAUCAAGCGAAAGAGAAGAACAGCAGUCGACAUUGCCGUUCUCUUGUUAUAGAAAAGACAACGGGCUGUUUAUAACGUUUCAAACAUGAACUCAUAAAACAAAUCGGUCGUGGGAUUAUCUCUUCCGGGCGGUGUAAACACAGUUGAUAUGUUUCAUCUACUUAUUCACUGAAACAUUGGCUGGAGUAUAUGCAUUCACCGAGAGAAAGAGGUCAGGCAUUUCUUUACAAACAGGGAGCUGUAAAAUCCCUUUCGGUGACUGACAACGAUGACUGAACUGAUCUGUCACUAUUUUCCCGUGCACUUUCUUCUCGUUUGUGGUGUGGUGAAGAGACACCGUCUUCGUGACUCACAUCCCUCCCUAGCUCUGGUCCAUGGCGUUAGCAAGCCUCACUAACGCCUUGGACCAGAGCUAAUCCCUCCCGUCAAUUGCAAUCAAAACGCCGCGCAAGAUAACUGUUUACAAGUUAGCGGACACACGGGCAUGGAGUGUGUUGUUGUUGUUGUUGUUGUGUGUUUUUACGUGUCUGUUUUUAAGAUAGACAGCUGCUAUUGCAAUUGUCGGCAUUUGAUAUUAGAAGCUUUUUAAUAAAAGAUGUCGUUCAUUCCUGUUUAAAGGAAUUCCUAUUUUAAGGUGACUUAUAGGUGUCCUUUCCUUUCGAAACUUCCUCAUUUCCUGGGUCAAAAUAGACAGACAGGCACACACACUGUUAAAAUCCAAUGGAAAGAACGUGCCUUGUGUACUAUGAUAUUUCAAUGAUUACAACUGCUAACUAUACGUAACUUAUGCAUUUUAAGUUAGAUUAGGGGUUUUAUCUUAUCUUUUGAUAGGGAGGAUGGCCACUCACUAAUAUUUAAAUAUAAAUUGCUGUAAAACAAACAAAUUGUUGUAUCCAUCUCUUUUGUUGUUAAUGUGUACUUAUAAAUUAAAAAGACAAUAUUUCAUUAAAUAACAUAAA